AUGCACACUGUCUUUCGCAUUGGUGAAGUGCGAAAAAUUGACAACAAUCGUGCACUUUAUCAAGUCGAUCUUCAACUUACGUCAGAUGACGAUCCACAACUUCGAGAAUUAACUGACUUUAUACGAAAAGAGGUCAGCGGAACUGGAUGGCGUCGAAUGGGUAAAUUGUUACUACAAAUAGGUCAAUUCGACAAGGCCGAAGAACUGUAUAUGGCACUAUUGGAACAGGCAUCGGAUGAUAGUGAUAGAGCACAUGUUUAUCAUCAACUCGGAUGGUUGAAAGACGAUCAAGGAAAAUAUCAAGAAGCAGUUGCAUUCUAUGAGAAGUAUCUGAAAAUUAAGCAGAAAACUCUUCCGAAAGAUCAUCCUUCAUUGGCUCCUACGUACAGCAACAUCGGCCUAGUGUAUAAUAACAUGGGUGACUACUCGAAAGCACUUGAAUUUUACGAAAAAUCACUUGAAAUACAAAAAAAAGCUCUGCCUUCGAAUCAUCCUGAUUUGGCUACUUCAUACGGCAACAUCGGUCAAGUGUAUAAGAACAUGGGUGACUACUCGAAAGCACUUGAAUUUUACGAAAAAUCACUUGAAAUACGAAAAAAAGCUCUGCCUUCGAAUCAUCCUGAUUUGGCUACUUCAUACAGCAACAUCGGUCAAGUGUAUAAGAACAUGGGUGACUACUCGAAAGCACUUGAAUUUUACGAAAAAUCACAUGAAAUCUACGAAAAAGCUCUGCCUUCGAAUCAUCCUGAUUUGGCUACUUCAUACAGCAACAUCGGUCAAGUGUAUAAGAACAUGGGUGACUACUCGAAAGCACUUGAAUUUUACGAAAAAUCACAUAAAAUCUACGAAAAAGCUCUGCCUUCGAAUCAUCCU